GCAUGUUGCUACAGGCGGUGCGCUCCUUCCUUCACUUCUCUCAGAUCAGCUCCUGGCUCUUCACCUCUGGCGGACGUCUGCCCUCCCUGCUCGCCUACAGGAUCUGCGCCCCGGGCGACGAGAUGAGCAACGAGUUUGAGAGCCCCCCAGAGCCGCACACCUUCCCAGUGUGCCUCACCAGCCACCACCGCGUGCUGGUGUCGGUCCAGUCUCUGCGCCGCCAGGGUUCGGUUCCCGUUCUGCACUGCGCCAACACCACCACCACCUCCGGCGAGGGCCCCACAGCCAAGUUGGCGGUGGGUCGGGAUGUUGUCUUUCCGAAGAAUGACGGGAAGGGAGACAGACGCUCGGGAAUUGUGGGUCGUGACGGCAGGAAGAAAGCGGAUGUGGUCAAAAAGUUUGGUGGUUCCGAGGCGGCUAAUGGUAGCUCGGCGAAGCAGUCGGAGAGAGGGGUGGUGGUGGAGAGUGCGUAUACCUCCAGCAGUUUUCAAGUGCGGCCGAAAAAGUAUGAGCUGUCUUCGGGGACGGAUUUGAGUAGGACCAGGAAAUCUUUGCUGUCCGAGGCGUGCGUCAGAGGUGACUGCAACAUGGGUUCCUCUUCUUGCCAGGCAGCGAUGUUGGAAAAAUCUCUCGUCUCGACUUACGGAAAGAGUUCGGCGGGCACUUCGUCGAACGGAGCAAACAUUGGCAGCAGGUUGGGUGAUGAUGUCAUGUCGGAACGCACUUCGGGAUCCGAUUCGGGGAACGGGUUUCUGAACAACAGCCAUCCUUCCAUCCGGCCAUCCAAGCAGUGGAUCAAGAAGAACGCGGACGAGGGAUCCUCGGAUGUGUAUUUCCGAAACCUGGACCGCCUCGACGCGCUCAGUUUCGGGAUGGAACCGUCGAGCAGGCCGGGCAGGAAGCAGUUUGAGAUGACGGCAGCCGCGGGGGAUGGGUGUGAGCUGGAGGCCAAAUCUGGUGGGGUCGCGGCCAGGGUCAAAAGGUCGAGUCGGCUGCUGAAGAAGGAUGGAGAGAAGGAUCUGAGAAUCGAACAAAUGAAAUCCCAGGUUGCCAAGGGAGUGGUUGCGCGGUGUGAGGUGGAGAAUUUUUCAUCUUCCAAGUUCGAGGAACGAGAUGAGACGAACUUCUGGGAGAAGCGAUCUUCUUACCCUCUGCGUGAUCCGAGACUGAGCCUUUUGGGACAGAGGCUUGGGGUCAAGAACGAUGGCCUUGACAUUGAAAGCCCGUCAGGAGUGGCCCCGAAAUCUGAUGCCUCGGGUGGAAGUUGGUUCCGAAAUGAUAAGCCGUUGUCUAGUACGGAGAGGAAGAAAGAUGAAAUAGCCCAGAAAGACGAGAUGGAAGAGGAGUUUAUCCGCAAACUCUCGGAGCGUCUGGCGCUCGUAGGUUCGUCUUCGGAGAAGCAGAGAAAUGACAGCUGGUGGAAAUUUUACGAGGGGAAGACGGAGAAGCUCCGAUUGGUGUCGGGGGCGGGAAAGAGACCGGCUGAUUUGACUGGCCAGAGAAACGAGUGGAACGCCUCUGUGGAUGUGAAUGCAAACUGUCCCCACGCCUCGCCGAGGCUGCCGGAGAUGCCGGAAACGGCGGUGACGAAACUCCGCGAGUUGUCCCCCCUGACGGUGUCUGUCUCCGACCUGGAUGUGGACUCAGACUGUACCCCAGUCGCUUCCCCUGACUCCACGCCACGGUCAGCUCGGGCCGCGGCCGACUCGCUGGGGCGGUCAAUCGCCGAACGCAACAUGAAGCAGCACCUUUUUCUGUCGGGUCAGAGUUCGUUUGGCGGGAGUUCCGGAUCGGAUAUGAACUCAAACACUUGGGUCGGUGUAGACGACGGUCGGGUGACAGAAUCUCAGAACGGUCGGGAAGUAGGUCACGACGAUACGCUAGAGAAUCUGGACUGCAGUGACGCGUCGGAGGAGUUUCCAGAUCAUUUCCCUUUUCACACGAAGGACGUCUUUUCCGAUGACACUGAAUCGACCUACGAAGCCACAAGUCGGACAGACGAGCUUUCCAUGACGAAAAACGAGGCGGACUCUGGUUUAGCGGAAUCGGAGGAACUGCCACCGACUUCUCGGAGGAUGUUUGAGGAGAAUUUGCUGCCCUUGGUGUCGUACGACGCGAAAACGGACACCUUCAAGCAAGUGGAGCAGACCUUUAGCUCCAACGUUCUUCACUCGCCGAAAGUUCUCUUCUCCUACGACGUCCCUCACUCUCACGGCUCCAGCGGUCAGAAAUGCAUCGACUUUGGAAAAGCUCUCGAGACGGAAUUCUUCACCUCCAAAAUGGCCGACGCCUUAGGUCCGGACGGUAUUGGGCGCUAUCUGUCGCAUAUGGCCGAGAUGAGUCACGUCGACGAGAGUGCGGAGAAAAGUGGGUCAGACAUCGAGGUAAGCAGAGGAAACAGAGAAGACGGAGAUGAAGGAAUUGCAGAAUGUGAGGGGAAUACUGACGCCCGCAGGAGAAAACCUGAAAAGAUUGUGAGCAAUGGAGGGACAUCUUUGAAGGUGGUGAGCUCCGAUGAAACACGCGGGGCAGAGAAAUGCGUCGAUGUUUCAACGGCUUCUGCAGCGUGUGACGAUGAUAGUGGUUUGGGUUUGAUUGUUUCCGACAGCGUUGAAAAGGAAAAAAUGUCGAGUGAGGAGAAAGAACUGUCAGCAAAAUGUGAUAUCCGCGCUGUGGUCAAUGGAGUAAGCUGUAAGGAAUCUGGGGUAGUUUCUCUUCAAAGAGAGUUUUGUUCGAGGGUGAGAAAUGAGAAUUCCGUCGAGGUCAAGAGAAAAGAUGAGCUGGGGUUGGCAGGAACUAGACGGUGGGAAAAUGACGGUGGAGGUCAGAGUGGAGCAGCAAAAGCUCGUGAUGUGGUCCCCGGUAGUGGGGACGUCGGUCAAGGGUUGCCUUCUUCCCUGAUGUCUGGACAGAGGUCAUCAGUGACCGACCCCGUGCGUUCUGCCCGACGACAGUUGAAUUACGAGAAGGGGCCGAAGAGCGCCGCGACUUACGACUUACCCACCAGCAUCAGCUCUGACCUUGAAGAGACGAGGAGAUCUCUCGACGAGUCGGCCACCACAUGUGACCUUGACAUCCUCCGUACAGCUGCCGUCACUUCGCCGACUUCUGACACGACGGAACUACAUCCCCACCCUCGGCCUCCCUCCUACCCCAGUGACCUCCAAAGCUGUACGCCUCUCCAAGCAGAGCAUCCUACUGCUGAGUCUGAACCAUCUUCCUCCCGACAACUUGCCAUCUCGUGCCCUCCUCGUCCUCAACGAGUCCUCUCACCAGUGUCCCCCAGCCUCUCCUCCUCCUCCUCAGAUUCCUCAUCUUCGUCCACAUCCUCAAUGAUAAAAGCGCCAGUGAUGAAUAUCUCCGCCCAUUGCCCAUCCUCCUCUACCUCUACUUCUACCUCUUCCUUCUCCUUCUCUAUCUCCUCUUUUACCUCCUCCUCUACCUCCUUCCCCUCUUCCUCCUCUUCCUAUACCCCCUUCCCCUCUUCCUCAUCCUCCUCCUCCUCAUUCCCGUCCACUAGUGUCUGUCACCAGCAGACUGAGACAGAAACAGUCGUCUCUGCCACACACAGCAUCUUGCCCAGCGAAACCACGUCAGCCGAUGUACCCUCGUACCUCUACACCGAUGAGCCGCAAGUCAAUUUAAAGACUGACUCUUUGAAGACGCCACUUCCUGUUGUGGCAUGUGACACACACAAGAGUGGCGGUGCGGAGAAAUGGGACAAUACGAGUGGGCUGGUGCCAAAGUCGGAUGAAAGCGUCGGGAAAAGCCCCCACUCUUGUGUGUUUGGUGAUGAAUUGGAGGACGGACCACAAAUUAAAUCCGCCGGUCUGAAACAUCCAGUAAAUCGUCCCCCCUUUGUAGAGUCUCUUGACCGCGGCGGUAGGGCCGAACAGAAAUCUCAAUCCAAAGCAACAGAUCCAGCUGCCCUCCCACCCGGUGUUUCCAUAGCAACGAAUUGUGCCUCUAUAUCCGAAAAGGGGGACGACUCUAGCAAUUUUAAUGUAUAUCCAGACGAGACAAAUAACGCGUGUUCGAAUUUGGAUACUGAAAGUUUGGACCGUUUCUAUUUAUGCGAAGGUACAGAACAUCAUUCUUUGUCGUCGGAGUCGGCAAAUUUGAAUAGUCAUCUUAUUUCGGACGCUUCCACCACCACCACCACCACCACCACCACCAAUCGUUUGUUUGGGCUGGCUGCGCAGAAUUCGACCGCCCAUCCUUUUUCGGCAGGAGAUGUGCAGCGCGAUGAUGCGCAAUCUUUGUCGCAAAACUCUGGAAUCCCUCUUCGUCUUUCAGCAGAAGCAACAACAACAACAACAACAACAACAACAAUAAUAACAACAACAACAACGCCAUCUGGCGUCCCUGGCGGCAGCUCUGACAAAGAUGGUCCACGUGACAUUCCUUCGGAUAAUGCGGGCCUUUCUUCGUCUUCUUCUCUUCCUAUGCAAUUACGCGCUCCCUCUAAUCUCCCUCAUGAGUCCUGUGCCGAGGGUCGUGCGGUUUUAAGCCCUGUGUCAAAUCUCAUUAGUUUGAAAAGUGAACAAGUUUUGAACAAUGAUGUCGAUGAUGAUGGUGGUGGUGGUGGUGCCGGUAUUGAGGAGGAUAUGUCCACCUCAUCGAGUUUGCGAUCUCGUCACGUUGCUGGCUCGGUGGUGGCGACUGGUGAGAGAGAAGGUUCUGAUGUUAAUGUACCGCGUGGUCUUCCGUCAGAAGUUUCCGCGAACGUUGUGAAUGACGACGGUGACGAAAAGAAGCUGCCCCUUGUGGUUUUCCGCGUGCAGAACGGGUUUGAUUCUUCAUUGGGUCAAGCGGAACAGGAGUUACGUCCCCAGAUUCAGCGUGUGUCGGCUCUGGUGCAGAGAGAAACGGCUGCUGGGUUGUACCAAGGGGAGAGCAGCAGCGACAGCAGCAGCAGCAACGGUUUCGUCAACGGUGUCUCCCAGUCCCCUCUCUCGUCUGCCGGGCCCCCUCUGGUGACCGACCUUAACCUUCAUCUGACCUCUCAGGGCCUUGACCUUGGCUCCUUACCUCAGCUCGAGUGCUCGUACGGCCCGCUGCAGCAGCAGGGAAGGUCUUCGUCCCAACAAAUCAAGUCGGGAUCGGACGAGAGGAGUCCUUUGUCGAGCAGCGCCGCGUGUCUCGCUGACAUGAAAGUCGAGAGGUCGGAGUGCAGGAACGGGGUUUCUCCUUCGAAGAGUUCGGACGCCAUUACGUCGGCUACCUCGGCGAUUCGGGACAGGAAAGACGUAGGCGUAGCCGCGCCCGAUGAGACGAGAGUCGCUCAGAACGGGAAGGGGACUCGGAGGAGGCGAGACUUCUCUGUAACCUCGCGCCACGUCGGAAAGGAGAACGUGCGGGCCGACGAGAAUGGAUGCCACCACGAUUCGGAUGUGGUGUUUUACCUCGAUGAAGUGUCUUCGUCUUCUUCAGAAGUGUCGUCGUUUUCGUCGCUCAGUGCAGGAGGUGCGGGGAGUAAAGACGAAGCAGUCCUUUCUUCAACCCCGUCUCCCAGGUCCCGUCUUUCGAGCCAAAUGAUUACCUCCCCUACUUCCGAUCUCGCCGUCGGACACGCCGUUGCCGCCGCCCCUCCCCUGGGAAUCCCACGCUCCAUCAGCCUCUCGAUGGAAGGGGAGACAACUGCUGCCACCGCUCUGAGGCCGCUACCGCAGCGCCAUCUCAGCGAAGGGGAGAGCGGCGAGAUGAUCCUCAACGGUGGUAGUGGUGGCGGCGGCGGUAGAGGAGGUGGUGGUGGUGGUGGUGGGGGGGCUGGGAGCAGCGACGACGACGACGACGUCCUCACCUUUGACCUCAAGUCUGAGCCCACCUCCCCGUCCCUCCGCGGGUCUCUCCCGGGCUGGAGCUCGGCCCCUCCACAGCGCACGGUGUCCACGCCCAGCGGGAUGGACCUGGAGGGACAGUGCCAGGGGCAGAGACCUGCCUACAACUCAUCUGUGAUUCACCAGCAAAACUGUGAUAAAUAUGGCGCCGGUGGGCUGCGCAAGAUGGCCGCCCGGAGUGCCUCCAUGAUCUUCAGCAGCCGUAGGGGCCUGCCUAGUCAAUCUAGUCCUCGCGUUUUCGUGUUCUCGACUGACCAGCGGCCGCCACGACAAGGAGGACAAGGACGCGGAGGAGGACAGCAGACGAAUGCUCAGCACCAGCGCCCCCGCCUCCACCAACUGCCUGCUGGGAAACUUUGAGGAAUCCAUCCUGAACGGUAGGAUAGACCCGGUGGGUACGGUUGACGGCUUCACGGCAGAAAUCGGAGCCAGUGGUUCCUUCUGCCCAAAGCAUCUGCACCUUCCUGUCUCCGCCUUCUUCUUCGCCCUGUCGGACGAUAAUGCCCCGUCGCCUUACCUGGGCCACAUAAAUCUACAGCCGGUCAGUUCCAAAGGCUACCACAUCCCCAAGAAAGGCACGGUGCAAGUGACGUUGUUCAACCCCAGUAAGACGGUGGUCAAGAUGUUCGUGGUGGCCUACGACCUCUCGGACAUGCCGCCAUCUUGCCAGACAUUUGUACGACAGCGCACCGUCUACCAGCCGCUGGACAGGAACUCGGAGCUGCCGUCCUACCUGCGCUAUCUCAUACACCUCCG